AUGGAUCUUCCGGAUGCCUAUUUGCGGACCUCAAGGAGACUGGCAGAAUACUUUGUUGUUUGUGGACUCCCUGAAAAUCCUAAGCCAUAUGAUUUAACCAAGGUCUUGACUCAUUCUGAAGAGAUUAUUAUACAAGAUAAACCUGUGGACUUCACUGCAUUUCCCGAGCCGAUUGUGGACAUCCAAUUCAUUUGUUUGAAAGAACGAGAGAGUCUUCCUCAAGGUUAUCACGCAAUACGUCGUAGUGUGAGCGGCCGGUACAAAGCCAACAUACGUGGGCGUAUUGGCGACGAGGUCUACUUGUGUUAUCGUCGCGGGAGGGAUAGACCUCCCAUAACGAAUAUUUCGAUGUUCACCGACAAUCAGACACACCACCUAAGACAUGAUGCAUGGAAAAUCACGCACACGAUGGAGGAAAAGAACGCGAACUUGGGAAAUGCCCUUGGCUACCCCACAUAUCUGUCGUAUACACGCGCAUCACCUGUGAGUGGUAUCGAUCAGCUUGCGGUGGUUGAUAUGUGCAUCAUAUUCCCAGAUAAGGAAGAAUGCUGUCCACCGGCCUUUAACAAACUUUCCGAGUCGUUGAACAGUAAUCCGCUUGGGACAAAAUUGCACUUGUGUUUCCGAAAGUCACUGAUCAAGGAACAUACCAUCGCCUACGAGCCUGAGGUUCUUUUCUGCUACCGAGUUCCUCAACUUCCGUGGGAAUUCGACUGUGGCCCAUCAACAGAACAGCAGGAUAACUCAGAAGACUCUCCGACGGAGGACCCAGUCAAACGCGAGCAAGGAUCUUUGGAUCAGGACGUCUGUCAAGUCGCCAACUUUUGCUUGCCUUGGGGUGCCUCAAUUGAAUCGUGGUCAGUGGACCAAGACCAUCCCCAACCGAACCAUUUCACGUUCGUUCUGACGAACGAAGUCUACCAGCGGCUCUACGGCGUCGCGUUCACCUUCCACGAGCCCUACGAUAUCAACAAACUAGAUAUGGAUAAAUGUUACCGGCUCGGUGCGGAUCCGGAGCUUCUGUUUCCUUCAUCAGGCUCCACUGCCGUAGUUCACACAGUGGAUGAGUUGGAUCCCGAGGAAAAGGCCAAAAUCACCGCCAGACAAAAGCACUUUCUUCGAUCGCGCGUUGGUGAUCGGGUGAUUGGUGUGACCAAGACCAUUUGCAUCCUGUCGCGGUGGUCGUUUCCCGUCGCCUUCACAAACUUUUUGGCCUUUUUCUACAGUCGUUGUUUCCCUGGCGCCAAAAAUGAUCCUGUUCCUUUGGAACGCUAUUUAACCCAUUUUCUAUGUGAAGUGCCUUUUCCGGACCCGAAAAUGCCAAAUAUCUUGGUGGAGCUUUGUGCCGCCCCCAUACUAUUGCAACUACCAGAUGAGUCAAAUGCUUCGUCAAGCUCUGAGCCAUUUUUCUACUUGCUGAGUCAACUGGGUGUUGACCUGUCAAUCGAAAUGCUUGUACAAAUGCUCACCGAACAGAAGGUGCUUCUUACCUCUGUCCAGCACUUCCUUCUCACGCAAAUCGGAGAGGCACUGACCUCGAUGAUCUUCCCGCUGCAAUGGGCCGUGGUCUACAUUCCAUUCAUCUAUAUGGGUCACGUGCAGGUCAUCCAAUCACCGUUCCCCUAUCUUAUCGGAGUAGAUUCACGGUUUUUCGACUUCUUCCGUCUACCACAUGGUGGUGAGGGUAUCACCUAUGUGGAUUUGGACACGAAGAAUUUCAAACCCGCCGAAUCCAUUGGUCAAGAACCUGUCUUGACCUCAAAGAUGUUGCCCAGGAAACCGAUGAAAGAGCUGAAAGCGAAACUGAACGCGCUGUAUGCUGAGAUUUGUGCUCUGCGGCACCGAAGAUCUAAGGAACCGGCCAACUACAUGUUAAAGUGCCUAUUCUCCGAACCGGGGUCAGAAUUGGCCAACAAGGAGUUGGCGACGCUGCGAAAACGGACCGAAAUUGGUGCACGCGUCAAAGACGCAUUCAUGCUUUUCAUGGCCAGUCUGCUUAAGGACUAUCGUAGCUACCUCAUUCCUGUUCGAUUGGCAGAAAGGGAUAUGCUGUUUAACAAUGAAGCGUUUCUCACACAUUCGGCUGACGAUAAGUCACGCCCAUUCUACAGUGCUCUUUUUCAAACACAACAAUGGGUAAAUUUUGUGCGUGACCGGAGCUACGCCUCACCCCGUGAAGAAGAGUUGACCAACUUUGACAGUUUGAUUGCCCGAUUGUGGGGUGAGCGGCGCGCCUACUCGGGCAAUCGCACAGCUAGCGCUUGUUCUGUUUCCAGUGCUAGCUCUGUUCGCCACAGUGCAGACAACAGUUCCGUGGAUAUAUCUGUGAUCCCUGGUCUCAACUCUACUCGAGAUGCCCGCGAUGAGUCAUUCGUGCUCAAACUUCUCUCUUACGGACAAAUGACCAAUGAAUCGACAUGCACUAUCGGUCCCCCAUCAUGGCCGGUACCACUUGGCGAUUUCAGCCCUGAGGAGUCAACUGAGACGACAAAGCACCGCGAAAAGUCUCUUCUCCCGCGUUGUCCAUUCGAUCUUGUACCUGUGAACUUGAAUACCCGCUUGAUGGACCGUUUGGUUUCCUAUGCCUACCAACAACAAUUUAACGCCUUGGAUAAAGCCUUCGGAUUGGCUCCAAACGAUUCCAAUGGCGGUUUAUUUUCCUUGGCGGCCUCGGAUCCUCAGCCCCCGACUGGUACCCCAGCUGCAGGCAAUCGAAUGUUUUACUCACGACUCUUGGGGGUUUGCCCCACCGUAGAGAAUCCUUCCCCAUUGAUCCCUCGAGCGUCACUCAAUCUUGGACUCACUGGAUUGCCCACAAAAUUCCCGUUGCCAAUCAGCAGUAGCUGGAUUUUACGACGGUCUCCAUUAGAGGUGGGACACACAAUGGAGUUUUGCAAACGUGCAAUUAAUAAAUACGAUCUUCGUUGGGCCAAACAAAUCGUGGGCACCAUAUACUCGUUGUGGUUCAUGUUAUUACCUACCUACCUGGCCUCGUUGCACAUGUACGCAUCGGAGCAGCAAAAGGCACAACCGAACGAACAGGAGGACCAGGACGAACCCAUGAUUACUCUGAACAACUGCCUAUCAGAGGCAGUUCAGCUUGCCGCUCGCCUGACCAAGUACGACAUGGUUGGACCGGAUCAGGUAAUGGAGCGUAUCCUCCUCGUAUUGAUCUAUCAAAACCGACCUCCAGACAUCUCGAUUCCGGACUUUUUGGAAGAGGUUGACUGGAAUGAUUCCUCUUUGGGAUUGGUGAAUCAUAUAUUCAAGAUGUACGAGAAAGAAUGCCAAGAGAUGCAACGUCUUGAACUUCUCCGUGCCCACGAACACCUCUGUCGGCAAAAUACAGGGACCAAUCGUCGUUCCGCCUCCGUCUCUUACUCAACAGGUGACUUGGGCACAGUUCAUAGUGAGCCAUCUUUUAUGGGGCUCAAUCCUACAGAACCUGGAAACGUGGACGACAGCUCUGUCGGCUCAAAAUCGACUCCGCUGCACUGUGGAGUUCGCGAGUCUUACAUGGCACACAAACGUUCGAGCAGUUCGACGGCUGCUUGCUUUGGAUUUCACACAACCGACCCCGUGCAAACCGCAAAAAGCGAGACAGACUCGGGUUUGUUGUUGGUCGCCGGUAGCGGGGAGGAACCGAUUGCAGACGAUCCUUCUACGACGGGCCCUCGAAGAGAAGCUGGUCAGGAAACCUCGUCCGAUUGCGCUGUCCAGGCUCCUAUAAAACGCCUAAGUGCGACGGGCGGAUCAGCUCCCCUAGCUUCCUCCGAUGACCUCGCGGAUUUGGGCUAUUCAACAUUGCAACGACCACCGGGUUCGAUAAGCAACUUUGUGCCUACCACCACCACCACCACCACGACACAGCUGCCUACAUCUUGCGAGGUCCAAGAGAAUGUCGAAGCACUGAACUCCCAAACCAGCCCGUCUCGUAUCCCCAAUCAACGAUCGCAAGUCGCAUCGAAUGGUUUCAUGGAACCACUGCAAAAGCCUCCACAAUCCACUUGGUUCGAAUCGGAACCACUGCAGUCUUCAGAACUACGACCAAACCAUCUGACGAGUGGUCGAAAGCACAUUGUUGUCGCCCAAAGUCGCCGCAGUUCCAAUAGUGGGGAGAGUUCGGACAGCAGUGAGGGCAGUGAAUCCAGCGAGGAAAAAAGCCAACCCACAGGGGGGAGUUGCUUGCCCAAAUAUCGCUCUGGGGAUACUCAACAACCUCGGCCCAUCAAUCUGAGACUCAACAGUACCGAGCAGACCACAGUUUGCUACCCAUCUGGUCAGUCAGAUUCCAUUUCAAGGGAUAAAUCCUCGACAUCAGGCAGUGGGUUGACGGAGCACACAAACGAUGCCGGACAGAAACCUCGUGGUUCAUUGGACUAUUUGAAUGAUAUGUUCACAUCUCUGGGAACGUCGGAUAUCACUUCAAAAAUGAUGGAGUCAUUCCGCGGCUGGUUUUCCCCCGGUCAGAAAUACGCCUCCACCACAGAGAAUACUCCUCAAUCGAAACGGCGAAUUUUUCCGGGAAAUUUGAACCUUUUCUCGACACCCAACAGUGCCAGACUCCCAAGGAAUAUGAGACGCUGGCAGGUGAAAAACCAAGGAGUUGCGGACGGGUCAACUUUGAAGAACGGUGAACAUGGCGACGAGGAGGAGAUGAAUGACCACGUGUAUCCAAAUGAACAACCGAUCAAUAUGACUGCUAUCUCGCAGGCGGCACUUCAUGGAGAUGAUCUAGUGGCGCUGCAGUUUCAUCGCGAGCUCUGGUAUCGUAUUGGUGGAACUAUGGUUAUUGGGACGCCGUUUCAACGACUCUACCCCGCCUCUCUCUCCACCUACCUUUCGGGACGGCUCGGUCAGUCGUCAGUGGCAGGCAAUCCAAACAGGCUAAGCCAAUCUCCUAUGCUCAGAACUCGGGGGCCAAUCCGACCGAAUCGAUCACCGUCAUCUAACCCAGAUAUAUGUGAUACACCUUCCAGUCAGGUACUAGCCGGUAGCUCUCUCAAUCCUGGUGGGCGGACUUGUACAGAACCAAACCUGACCUCAUUGCAAUCCCCUGAAGUGGUUCAGCUACACAUCUUCUUGACCACAUGCAACGCCUGCCCUAACUGCAAAACAUUCGUGCAUGAUGAAGAAAUUAUGGCCGCCUGGUCUGCCGAUGAGGACGAGCGAAAUAUCCGCUGUCCUUUUUGCGAGGAGGAGUUUGGACCACAACUCACGGUCCGUGUGCUCGGCGAUAUCGGUCAACAACCAUCUUCGCCUUCCACGAAACAGCCCACCCCGGUUGGUGACUUUUCGCCCACAGUCGGCCAAUCAGCCGGUGACACAAUGAGAAAUGACUCAUCAAGGAAUAGUCUUGAGCGGACUUCUCCAGCUUCUGUGAAAGGUCUGAUGGAGUUCACGCACUCUUAUAUGAGUCCGUUCGUCCUUCGAAAGACGCUCGAGACUGUACUGCAACGCGAGGGUGGCGAGUGUUUCCGUCUUGUGCGCACGCCCAAACAAACCUUGCUCUUUCGACACGAACAUCUUCUCUGGAAUCUGGUUUGGUACACCCAUCGACUGGGCUUGCCGACGAACCUACUGGAUGUGUUCCCUGUGUGGCUGAUGGAUCGACAAGCUGAACAGCAGCUGUGCUUAGCCUCCGGGGCUUCUAUGAGUCCGCGACGUAUUGAAACAACGAACAAAAUUCCCGAUGCUUUACUGCAAGUCAAACUUUCCCCAGAUCUACCUGUUCGAAUCUCGUUACGUUGGAAUGCCUAUCAAUCCGCACGCAGUAUGGCCAGUAAGCCGUUGUACAAACAGUGGCUUCGUCGUAAAUCAGAAUACCGAUCCCAUUGCAUGCUCAUCCAAGGUAGUCCAUCGACCAGUCCAGUCUAUACCCCAUCCAACCUAAAUUUGAGUGCUUCUUCAAAGUGCCCCGCUGAAGCAACCAUGGCUCGCGUGGUGGACGCUAUUCGACAGUCCAAAAUGGCGAAUGCCUUUGAUUCGCUCGUCCAAUUCCGUGCUUCGAUUGCCCAUCAGAAACCAAUGUCUACGGUCAUUUGCAACCAGUCCCCUUCUCAGCCGUCAGGAUUGAUACUACCAACAGUUCCUUCGCCGCCUCUGACUCAGCUGACUGGAUCGGCUGAGCAGAAGCAGGUGAAUAAUACACGAUCUGAGUGCACAGAGACACAUCGCUGCGCCUGGUGUCUGGAGGGAUCUUUGUAUAGAGAACUGCUAUUUUUGACCAUAACCGCCCUACCUCCUGCCCACAUUGAUUUAGUGCAAUUCGACGAUUUGUACAACCACUCUUAUCAGCACUAUCGAUCCAAGGGGAAUCCGCUGGUUCAUGAUUCCGAUCGACCGCCAAACUACGUGGCGGCGGCUUGUCGCCAAAUGCUACGUUCCCUUACCUUGGUCCCCUGAACUGUGUUACACCUGGCCUAUUUAUCACACACUAUUUUCGCUGUUUAUGAUUAGCUGCCUAAAUCAUUACCCUGGAAAACGGCUGUGACACGAGUUGCUCCAAUCGCUCUGUCUCGUCUGAUUAUACACACACACACACACACACACACUUCUCGUUUAUUUCCACGUGUACUGUGCCUCCCAACUACUGCAUUCCGUUUGUAUCUUUCUCGUUCGUUAGUAAAUCAUGUAUACAUUCCCCUUGACCCAUCUGGGGUGCCUCCGUAGAACGGGGCCAUUCAUUUGCUCUAACUAUUCAGUCACCGCGUCACCCUACAUAGACUCUCUGUGACUGACCAGCGCACACUAUCGAUGUUUCACCGUACGCGGAAUCCGCCAUCUUUCGCACCCCCACCCCCCAGUUCUCAUUCGCCCGCUGCACACAAUUUUUGGUUCCUCUGUUCUUGGUUUUCCUGAUCGUCUGUUUGUGUAUCAUCACCCCUAUCUGAGUUUUUUUUUCGGGUUCGUUAUUUUCCCGGAAACGUUCCUUGAGCAUUUAUUAUGAUCAUAG